CUUGACUCUUGAAUCUUAACCUCUGGCUCUCCUGUUAUUUUAAUUAUCAAGUUCCGAGUUCCAACCUGUGUCGAAAAAUCCGAAGCCAUGGCCUUAAUAGCAAUACCUCCGCAACAAACAACGUUACAUGACCUGCCACCUAGACCUUUUACUGCUCCACCAUCCAAAUUUUCCUUAACCUCUCCUCCUACUCCUAAUGCUUCCUCCACCUCCACUGUUACCUUUUCCUAUUACCCAACAAAAUCAGCCAACUCUGUCUCUGUCAGCAAUACUACUAGUACAAGUAGAAGAUCGAGUCUCGUUGUGAGGGCCUCCACUUCGCCGUUUAGCCCAAAUAUCGCUGACACCCUCGGUGAUGUUAACAUUUUCACCGCCGCUGGUGACCCCGUCUUCUUCAAGGACCUCUGGGAUCAGAACCAGGGAAUAGCUGUUGUUGCACUUUUGAGGCACUUUGGAUGCCCUUGCUGUUGGGAACUUGCUUCUUCUCUGAAAGAAGCGAAACCAAAAUUUGACGCAGCUGGUGUCAAAUUGGUGGCAAUUGGUAUUGGCACUCCUAACAAAGCUCGGAUUCUUGCAGACCGGUUACCAUUUCCAAUGGAUUGCCUUUAUGCUGAUCCUGAGCGCAAGGCAUAUGACAUUUUGGGCUUAUACUAUGGUUUUGGCCGUACAUUUUUCAAUCCAGCUAGUGGCAAGGUGUUCUCAAGAUUUGAGGCUCUGCAGAAGGCAGUAAAGAACUAUACCAUUGAAGCCACCCCAGACGAUAGAAGUAGUGUACUGCAACAGGGAGGAAUGUUUGUAUUUAAAGGGAAGCAGUUGCUGUAUGCACGGAAAGAUGAAGGGACAGGUGAUCAUGCCCCUCUAGAUGAUAUUUUUGAGGUCUGCUGCAAAGUUCCUGUUGCAUAAGGCAGUGCAAGCUUUUGCUUCAUAUUUGAUCCGGUGAAGCGUAUUUUGAAAUGCUGUUGAUAAGUUUUUAGUGGGUGACACUUGCAUAAUAAAAUAAUUUCUGACUAGUAGAAUCAUGGCAGCAAUCAUAUAGUAUCCAUAUAUAGGUCUGUAUAGCUGGUCAAAUGCAUAUACUCUGUUGUGAUUAUAAUGCUGACCAAUAGAACAAAUAAAAUUGUAAUUAACGCUCUGUUUGUUUUGGCGUAAAAUAUUUGCAGGAAAAUAUUUUCUUA